AUGUGGCCAUUUACCCGACUAAAAUACCCACCGAUUGUUCUCUACUUCUAUGAUGCAUGGCUGAUGAGCUUUGCUAACCCGUAUAUCUGGCGUUGCUCAACCCAAGAAGUACUUGUACCGCUUCACCAACGCAAUAUUGGCAUUGAUCACUGUGAUAUAGGAUGUGGCACCGGCUACUACCUCAUUCGUCACCAGCCUGCUAGCCCUAAAACGACCCUCACCCUCCUUGACCUGGAGAGCAGCCCUCUAUCAACAACUCAGACUCGUCUCCAUCGAUCCCACCCGGCUGUGGAAAUCCAUCCGCAUCACCACGACAUUUUAUCUGACGAACCAAUCCCUCCACCUCCGCAUUUCUCGGAGUGCACGGCAUACGAUUCGAUCUCGCUAACCUUCCUCCUUCACACCCUUCCUGUUCCCCCCGAAGAGAAAGUGAAAGUCUUUGCCAAAGCCAAGGCCGCAAUUAAGUCCUCCGGCGUGGUCUUCGGCGCUACCAUCCUCGGACACGGUCCGUGGCAUAACUGGGCCAGUCUCAUCCUGCUGAACGUUCUGAAUUGGGAAAAAAGGCUCAGCAAUACGGAUGAUGGCGUGGACGUUUUGAUUCGAGGUCUUCGGGACAAUUUUAAGGAUGUAAAAGUGGACGUGGUUGGAUCGAUUUUAGUUUUCGAGGCCAAGCAGCCAAAUUGGUGA